AUGGCGAAGAAUCUGGAUACCACCAUCUUCGUAACCGACGAGGAGGCAACAAGCAGCAGGGCUGUAAUGCGAAUACCAGCAUUCUGCCCAGAAGACCCAGAACUAUGGUUCGCACAAUUGGAAAGCCAGUUCGCCGUCUGCGAGGUGAAAGGUGACGACGCAAAAUACGCAUAUGUACUGGCGAAGCUAGAACCACGGCAGGCAAGAGAGGUAAAAGAUGUGAUCACCCAACCCCCGCCGGGAAAUAAGUAUACAACAUUAAAAAAGGCAUUAAUACAACGUCUAACCGACUCACACGAGCAACGAAUGCGGCAACUACUGGAGCAAGAGGAACUAGGAGAUAGGAAACCAUCACAGUUUCUACGACAUCUUACGACCCUCGCAGGAACAACAGUAUCGGACAAGUUACUACGAACAUUAUGGCUCGGGCGCCUUCCGCCACAGGUCCAAGCCAUCCUGGCAACAAAAGCCGAGGACGACUUAAGCAGUGUCGCCGAGCAAGCAGAUCGUAUCCAUGAAAUCAAUAGCAGAGCAGUCGUACUGGCGACCACACCGCAUGCAGCAGCAGCAGUAACAACACAAGGAACAACAGCAGAUCAGAUCGAGGCCUUGACAAAACAGGUCGCAGCACUGACAAACCAAAUGGCCAAACUCAUGAAGCAGGGNAGAUCCCGAUUAAGGAGCCGUUCCCGGAGCAGAGCCAGGAANNACGCAGGGGAAGANAAAGACAUNUGCUACUAUCACCGNAGAUUCGGAGAAGAAGCCCGCAGGUGUGCACAACCUUGUGCAUAUAAAACAAAAAACGAAGAGGCCAGUCAUUAA